UCCGUGAGAAGACCUGACGGGCGUGCCAGCCAAUCGGCAGCCGCAUCUAGUAGCAUCAGGGGAGGGACCACUUGUAAUUGCCUCAGAACUCUGAUAAGAGGCGGUCGCUAGGCGAUACCGCGCGCAGAACGUCCGGAAUUCGCUGUGAUGGAUGGCAUCUCAGCCAAUCGCCUAUCGCCAUAGACGCAGGGGGCGUGCCAUUGGUCGGGGACCAAUCUGUGGCCGAGGCAGGGAAAACGCGAAGAGAGCGUCCUCUCGCCAAUCGGAAGUGGUAGGCGGCAGGUGUGCCAGUCCGUGGACAGCUACGGCGCCAUGAAUAUUUUGCCCAAGAAAAGCUGGCAUGUCCGGAACAAGGACAAUGUCGCCCGCGUGCGGCGUGAUGAGGCCCAGGCCCGGGAGGAGGAGAAGGAGCGUGAGCGGAGGGUGCUGCUCGCUCAGCAAGAGGCCCGCACAGAAUUCCUGCGGAAGAAAGCCAGACAUCAGAACUCACUGCCUGAGCUUGAAGCAGGAGCCCCAAGUUCUGGCCCCGUAGACCUGUUUCGGGAGCUGCUGGAGGAAGGGAAAGGGGUGACCAGAGGCAAUAAAGAGUACGAGGAAGAAAAGCGACAGGAGAAAGAAAAGCAAGAGAAAGCUCUGGGCAUCCUGACGUACCUGGGCCAGAGUGCAGCAGAGGCCCAGACUCAGCCCCCUUGGUACCAGCUCCCCCCAGAAAGAGGAGGCCCCUCACCUGGCCCAAGCCCAGAUGAGAAGAUCAAGAGCCGCCUGGACCCUCUGCGGGAGAUGCAGAAGCAUCUGGGGAAGAAGAGGCGGCACAGUGGUGAUGAAGGCAUUCACAGCAGAAAGGAAAAGAAGGAGGGGUCUGAGAAACAACGGCGCAAGCAAACCGCAUCCCUGGACCAGCUUCGAGCUGAACGUCUCCAGAGGGAAGCAGCUGAGAGGGCCCGGGCAGAAGCCUUGCUGGCCCGGGUCCAAGGCCGGGCACCACGAGAGGGUCAGCCGGAGAUGGAAGAGACAGAUGACCGCCUGCGGCGGUACAACUCCCAGUUCAACCCCCAGCUGGCCCGGCGCCCCCGACGACAGGACCCCCACCUUGCUCACUGACUCCUGAGGGGGUACAGGAGAGGCCGCUGCUGCCAGCCGUCAUAUA